AUGGAAGCUGAUCACUUGCUUAUUCUCGAUGAAGGCCCCCGGCGCUAUUACUCCUCAAUCCUCUCUCGUCCGGAUGCCUAUUUCUGCACCACAGAGUCGGGGCCGAACCUGGCCGUGGUGGGCAGCGGAGGCAAUUUGCAAGCUGUCGUGCAAGAGAUCGCCCAGAGCCACAAAUUGGAGCACGGCCUGGCAGCGGAGAGGCUGACGGCUGUGUUCGUCCGUGAGGAGAAUACGCAGACCCUUGCGAGAGAAUUGACUAGGCUCGAAAGCCAUCAGUCGCGCCCAGGGGCUGAUUCGCGCGAACUCGAGACGCUAGGGUUCCGUCUCCUGGGAGCCGACGCUUAUCAAUGUGAACUAUCAAGACUUCUUCGAUGGCCUGAACACUCGCUUGCCCCCGUGGUCCGCGCGGCGAGAAAAUCUGAUGCUUUAUUUGUCCUUCUCUAUACAUACCUCGACCAGGUGAUGGACGCCAUAUCAAGGCUGGAGAGCCUGCCGUCGCAGGUCGCCUUCCUUGCCCCAGAGUCAGAGGCAUCGGCUCAGUACCUCGAGCAGUGGUCCCGGUCGAAAAUGUUCUCCCUCGGCAGCAUUCGCUCUGUUAUCCCCCCAGGUGUUUUGACUAACGAGAGGAUGCGUACAAACGUAGUAAUUGCCUCCGGAAAGCCACUGGGGUUUCAAGACCAAGAGACCCUGUUUCCGCCCACCACGUUCGGAGAGGUUCGGGAGAUAGUAUCAGGGCGCCACGUCCCCGCGCCGUCGCUACAAUCCGUACAGGCACAGAAUAAGGGGGUGAUCCGCGCCGUUGCCCCGGAUCCUAACCAGACCAUGGAAUUCUUCGGCUACGUGAUAUGUGCGUUGACGUACUCUAGCGUAAUCCUCGGUGGCCUCGCACUGGGCGGCGUAUACAUUCGAUAUUUGCACUCGGUGCCUAUGGGAUCCAAAUGA